CAUGAUACGAAUGCACGUGCCUAUUAUAAUGACAGCGUUCCAUGAAAGAGAUACUGGAAAGUGGAAUUUUCCACCAUAGUAUGACCAACUAGUCUUGGUUGUGUAUAAAAAGGACGGAAUAUGGUCAACAAAACAUUCUUAGCUGAAAGUGGAUUCCAGCAGCACCUCGGAGUAAUUAUUACACAUAUUUCAGUUCAACUUCAUCUUUUAAAGAAGUGAUACAUAUAAAUAGAGUGGCCGAUACAAAGUACCAUCAUGGCAGCGUCAUUCUGGCGUCAGACAUAUUAUCUCCUCUAUCGGAACUUCUUGAUUAAGAUACGAUCGGGCCAGAUGUUAUUUCAGGAAUUUUUCGUACCCAUUUUGAUCGUUGCCACCAUCGCCAUUGUCAAUCUGACCAACAAGCCGCGGAUCUACGAAGCCGUCCCCUACAACAAUUUCCAAAACUACCCAAUGCUGGACGCCAACGGCAGCGUGCAAAUGUUUAAGCCGAACGCCUCCAAGCCCUGGGCGUUCACGCCCAACAACACCGACACCCUGGAGGUGAUGGACAGGAUCAAGAGUGCCCUCGGCGAUGAUGCGCCAUCGCAGUUUGUGUCCUUCGCUGACGAGGCGAGCAUGGCGGCGGCUUACCAGACGCAGGGGACGCCUCCGUUCACCAUCGGUGUCGUCUUCGGCGCGGACUUCCCGCAGAACCUCGAGGUGGCUAUACGCAUGCCGUUCGAGCAGAUGCCGCCCACCGGCAGCGACUCCCGGUUUGCUUCACAAGCUUCAUGCCGUGCAUCCUACGGAGAGCCUCCUGGACUGGUCAACUACAACUGUCCUGCCAACGGAUAUCUGUUUUCUGGCUUCGCAGUUCUGCAAACUGUACUACAGAAUGUUGUCUCCUCAAUGCAGACCAAUCAGUCCCUCCCCCUGCCGGAGGUCUCUGUCCGGAUGUUCCCCAAGGAUCGUUUCGUCCAAGCCUCAGCCUUCCCUCGCCUCUUCUCCACCAUCUACUAUGUGCUGAUGUACUCCAUUUUUGUCGCCACGCUGCUGUCCUCCAUCGUCUACGAGAAAGAGAAGAAGAUCAAAGAGACCAUGUUGAUGAUGGGAAUGUCUAGUGGCCCCUUCUGGCUUGCAUGGUUCAUUACCUACUGCGUUAUCAUGGUGGUGGUUGCGUUGGUGGUUACCCUUCUCAGCAAAUACGCUAUUCAGAACGUCUCCAACGGAAACUUCCUCAUUAUAUUUCUCAUCAUGUUCCUUUACGGCAUGACAAUUAUUUGUCUGUCAUUCAUGCUGACGCCGUUCUUCAACAAGGCGACCGUGGCCGGAGCGCUGGGGACGUUGUUCACGCUGGCUCUGUCGUUGGUCUACAUCCCGCUCGGUCUGAUUUCAGGCAUAGACACUGUCUUCAAGUGGCUGCUGUCGUUUUUCUCGCCAAUAGCGUUUGCUCUGGCCAUUGAUCAGGCUAUCCUUUUGGAUGAGGGAGGGCCUGGUAUCCAAUUCGAUAACAUUGUCGUGGAUGGUUUCCCACCGUAUGUCGCCAUGCUGGCCAUAGACUGUGUGCUAUACCUGCUCUUGGCCUUCUACUUUGACAACGUGAUACCAGGGACCUACGGCCAGCGUAAGCCGCUAUGGUUCUGCUGCAUGCCUUCUUACUGGGGCAGCAGUUCUGGUGGAGGUCAGGCUGAUGUCGAAGGGCUGCUUGAUCUCGAGGCUGUGGAAGACCUCCCAGAUGUGGAAAAGGUGCACCAAGAGAUGAAGGACAGGGCUGGCAUCAGGAUCCACAAUCUGUCUAAGACAUUCAAAGGAGGCAGGAAGAAGCCUGAUGUUCUCGCUGUCAAAGGAAUGAGCCUGGACGUCUACGAGGGCCAGAUCACCUGCCUGUUGGGCCACAACGGGGCCGGUAAGACCACCCUGAUCAACACCCUGACUGGCCUGAUAACGGCCGACAGCGGCCAGGCCACCAUCUGUGGCUACAGCAUCCGGGAUCCCAUACAGAUGCAGAAGAUCCGGUCCAUGAUGGGGGUGUGUCCCCAGGACAACACGAUCAUCGAGGCGUUGUCUGCGAAGGAACAACUCACGGUCUAUGCCGGAAUGAAGGGGGUCCCUCCUGAGCGUCUGGAUGCUGAGGUGACAAAAAUCUUGCAGUUGACCAUGUUGGAAGAGUCAGCAAACACCAAGUCCAAGGAUCUCAGCGGAGGGCAAAAACGCAAACUCUGCGUCGGACUGGCGCUCAUCGGUGACCCAAAGAUUCUGUUUCUGGACGAGCCGAGUAGCGGCAUGGACCCGUACUCUCGCCGGCAGCUGUGGAAUCUCUUGAAAAACCAGCGACAGGGACGGAUCAUGGUGCUCACCACACACUUCAUGGAUGAGGCAGACAUCUUGGCAGAUUGGAAAGCUGUGAUGUCAAAGGGCAGUCUUCGUUGCUAUGGAUCCUCACUCUUCUUGAAGAAUCGCUUUGGUAUUGGAUAUCAUCUCGGAAUGGUCGUAGAGCAAGAUGUAGAUGUGGAUAGCAUUACUGAGCUGAUUACAGCACAGAUUCCCAACGGUGAGGUGUCACGAAGUCACGGCAUGGAACUAGCCUACACACUGCCACUGCAAGCCAGCAACAAAUUCCCAGAUCUGUUUCAAGCAUUAGAAAACACUAGCAAGGAAAGUGGUGAAACAGUUGCCAAGCAACUAGGCAUCCAGUCUUACGGAGUCUCCAUGACAACGCUGGAGGAAGUCUUCUUGAAACUGAACGACGAGGAAGCAGAGGACAAAGUGGAAGAGGGCGACCAGAAUGCAACAGACACCACCCCAAUCACCGGAAACGCCGGUGCCAACUACAACACUGCAGGAGAUACCAUUGAGUCCAUGUCGCUGAAUGUGGAGCACCUCAUCACCGGUCCCCUGCAGCCCAACAGUUACCAGAUGCGAGGCCUGUGCACGCUGCUUUUUAAGCAGAUGUUGCGUGAUCCUGCGACCUACGUCACACGGCUCGUCUUCCCGAUUAUUUACAUCACUCUCUCUGUCGUCCUGGCUACCACCAUUAAUUUUGGCACGGGCCAGGUGCAGGACCCCACCAGCCUGACCCUUGACCCCGGCAUGUACUUGCAGACUGAUCCCCCGUCUUCCCUGCCCUCCCUCAGCCCUCUGCUCUACCAGGAUAACGUGGCAUCGGGCGGGGAUAUCCAGUUGUUAUUGGACCAGUUGAAGCGCAUGGGCCUGCAGUACACCUCAAUCCCAGACAUGAGUAAUAUGAGUGCCGUAGCUCCGCACAGCAUGGCUACAGUAGUCAACAGCCUGGAAACAAAUGGUAAUGCGGACUUCCUAGCACUGUACAACGACACGGCCCAGCAUUCCCUGCCCAUCCUGUUGAACGUCCUCAACAAAGCGCUGGUUGCCGUAGCGGCAGACACCCUCGUGAACCUGACCGUGGCCAACCACCCGUUCCCCUCCCGCGCCUCGAGCUACGGUUUCAACUCGGGUUUCUUCCUGUAUUUAUUCCUGGCCAUGGCGUUCUCGUUUGUGCCCAUUGGGUACACCACCAACAUCGUCAAAGAGAAACAGGAGAAAGUGCGCACCCAGCUGCGCGUGUCCGGGGUCACUACGGCUAACUACUGGGGCUCCCAUCUACUGAUUGACACCUUUCAAAUGUACUUCAUCUCGGUGUGUUCCUUCAUCGUCAUUCUCGCCGUCAGCGCGGCCACCGGCGGAUCCUCGCUGUCAACGGGCGGUGGCAUCUUCAUGUACAUCGUCUUCAUGCUCAUCUUCUCGCCGCUGUUGGUCGUGUUCUCCUACUGCGUGGCUUUCCUCUUCGAGGACUACAAGACGUGUCAGUCGACCGCUCAGUUCAUCUUCUUCUAUGUUGCCAUCUUGUUAGCGGUUCCCACCAUCGUCCUUGAUUUCACCGGUAACCCUGUUCCUGCUGGUGCCCUGCAUUUGAUCUUCACCAUUCUCUUCCCUCCGUGCAGCAUCUUUGGGACGCUGUACUACAUCGAUAAGAUCUAUCAAGUUGCACUUGUUACGCAGACAUUGGAUCAACUUUCCUUCGGAGACUACUUUGCGUUUGACAAGGUCGUUGUGCCAUCGUUGAUCUGUCUGCUGAUCGCCCUCGUGCUUGUUUUCUUUGAGCUGCGAUUUUUGGAGAUCUUUUCCACAGGGGGUAACCUGAGAGACACUUUUAUUUGCAGCCAGGGGAAGGUAGGAUCAGUGGUUCCAAACAACGACCACAUCCCUGACGAGGAUAGCGAUGUCAAAGCUGAACGGGAGAAAGUGCAGACCAUCUUUUCCCAACGUGAACAUCCUGAGAAAUGCGCAGUAGCCGCCGCCGGCAUCCGCAAGGAGUUCCAGAAGAGAAGCGGUGGUUGUUGCAGCAAGGAGAAAGCUUCCCCGAUCAACGUGGCCGUCCGUAACCUGACCCUCAGCGUGAACGAAGGGGAAGUGUUUGGCCUACUGGGACCCAAUGGAGCUGGUAAAACCACUUCCAUGAACGUCAUUGCAGCUGAUACCAAAGCUACUAGAGGACAGAUCCAAAUUUCUGGCUAUGACAUCACGUCAUCCCUGAGUGACGCCUUCCAUUGCAUGGGGUUCUGCCCCCAACACGAUCCACUGUACGAGAACAUCACCAUGCGUGAACACAUCGAGAUGUACGGGCUGCUCAAAGGCAUCCAACCCAAAGAUGUCGGGCCCAUUGCCGAUCAUUACAUGGCAGCAUUGAAGAUCUCCGAGCAUGCAGAUAAGAAGUCUCAGAAGCUCUCAGGAGGGACCAAAAGAAAGCUGUGUUUUGCUCUCAGCAUGCUGGGAAGGCCCAAGAUAGUCUUGAUGGAUGAGCCUUCAACUGGCAUGGAUCCAAGCUCCAAGAGAUUUGUCUGGAACACUAUCAUAUCGAGUUUCCGUGACGACCGAGGCGCCAUCUUGACGACGCAUUCCAUGGAGGAGGCAGACGCGGUGUGCUCUCGCGUUGGAAUCAUGGUUUCUGGACAGUUGAAGUGUCUUGGAACGACUCAACAUCUGAAGGGCAAGUACGGCGGCGGUUACGUCCUAGAAGUCAAGCUGAACCCGGGACCAGCCUACUACUCCAUGGAUCACACCAGCGGCCGGGCCACCCAACUCCUGGACGAUAUGCUGGCGGCGUUGGACGUCACGAUCAAGGAAGUGUUUCCCAGCGCUGAGGUUACGGAGACAUUCGGGGAGCGGGUCGCAUACAGGGUACCCAGCGAUGCCGCCAUCUCGCUGUCCACGGUCUUUGCGACCCUAGAAGAAGGUAAAGAGACGCUUCAUAUUGAGGAGUAUAGCUUCAGCCAGGCCACUCUAGAACAGGUGUUUAUUCAGUUUGCCAAGAUGCAGCGUAGCGAUGAGGAGGAGGCAGACGCCAAUCCUUCCCUUCAGCGGAUGUUGUCAGGGCUCAGUGUCAGAGAGGCUGGGCAGGUCAAUCACGCAGUCACGUUGUCGACGGAGGAAGUCUAAUGGAAGCCUUCAUGGCCAAUGGACUCCGUGCACAAGUACUCCCUCGCUUGGUCACAAGGAGAGAGUUGGGCGGGACUCAAAACUAGGGUCCGUCGAUGACAGAUUUCUCAAUAAUCAAUACAUGUAUAUCCAAACGGUACAACAUACUGGCUAAAGACAGCACUUGAUACUUGCUUGAUACGUGAC